UCUUUCCCAAUUCUCUGCAACUCUGAAGAACCUACUGGUCUCAAUCCCAGUGUAGAAGAAGAAGAAGAAGAAGAGUAGAGAAGGAUUGGAGGAAGACGAUGCUGUUUCAGGUGGGAGGUGAAGGCACACGCCCUACCUUCUUUGAGAUGGCUGCGGCUCAGCAACUUCCGGCUAGCCUUCGCGCCGCUCUCACUUAUUCCCUCGGCGUUUUUGCUUUGAGACGAUCGUUCCUCCAUAAAAUCUUAGACUACGAGGAUGAAUUCUAUGCUGCUCUGAUGCUUAUUCUCGAAGGACAUAGCUUACGAACUACAGAUUCUUCGUUUGCUGAAUCAUUGUACGGGUUGAGGAGGAAAUCAGUGAGAUUGAGAUUGAGAAAAGAGAGUGCUAGGAAGGAUUCUUCCAGCGAAGAAGUUCAACAUUCCGGUUUAGAGAAACGUCAGAGGAUCCUCUCUGUUGUGUUUCUGGUUGUGUUACCAUAUUUCAAGUCAAAGUUACAUGCAAUCUAUAACAAGGAAAGGGAAGCGAGGCUCCGAGAAAGUUUAUGGGGAACAGAGGAUCAAGGAUUUGAUGAUGCUGACUUCUUCACAGGGGAGGAAUCAAUUGUGUCAAGAGACGACAUUAGCGGGAAUCAAGAGCUUUCUGUUCGAGCACAAUUAGCCUCGAAAAUUAAAAAGAUUAUAGCUGUCUGCUAUCCUUGGAUACAUGCAUCCAGUGAAGGAUUAUCAUUCACUUACCAGCUCCUAUAUCUAUUGGACGCUACUGGAUUUUAUUCUCUUGGGCUUCAAGCUCUUGGGAUACAAGUUUGUCGAGCUACAGGGCAGGAGCUGAUGGAUACAUCUUCAAGGAUUUCAAAGAUACGGAACCAUGAGCGUGAGAGACUUCGUGGUCCUCCAUGGCUAAAAACAGUGCAAGGGGCACUUCUUAGCUGUUCAUAUGCGGUGCUUGACUACGCCCAAACCGGUUUAAUUGCAGCAGUUUUUAUCUUUAAAAUGAUGGAAUGGUGGUAUCAAUCAGCUGAAGAGAGAUUGACAGCUCCAACCGUAUACCCUCCACCUCCACCUCCUCCAGCCCCAAAGGUGGCCAAAGACGGAAUCCCUCUACCCCCUGACAGUUCCCUUUGCGCGUUAUGCUUGCAAAAACGUGCAAACCCAUCAGUUGUCACAGUCUCUGGAUUUGUUUUCUGCUAUUCUUGUGUAUUUAAGUAUGUUUCAAAGUACAAGCGAUGUCCAGUGACAUUGAUUCCAGCCAGCGUGGAUCAGAUUAGGAGGCUGUUUCAUGACACGUAGGAAUAACCUAUUCAAUGGUUUUUAGCCAAACAGUGACAACUUUGUUCUUAUUCUCGGUGUGGAGAUGGUGCAACCGGAGUCUGAACCAGAAGAGCUGAAAGACUGCCAAGUGAGACUCUUAAUUCCUCAAUUGGUUUUUUAUAUAUUUAUCUAUAAAAUGGAUAAGCUUCUUUUAGAGUUCAUCAAGUUUGGGAUUAGGUGUAUCAUGAAUUUCAUGGAGACGAAGAAAACAGACAUGUCCUUUUCCUUCUUAGUUUCACCUUCAAAAGGAAUUGUAUAUUGCACAAUGGGGAUGACAAUAAUGAUCCGGAUAGAAAAAUAACAUUUAUACUGAUUAUUUAUGUUGACUUGAAAAAAUAAAUAUAACUACAAAAUCC